ACAGUAGCAAAUGCUUGUUGGAUGUUGAAAUGACAUCCAUCUAUUGAGCACUUACUGUCUGCCAAGCACUACACUUUGUGUACUGGUCAAGAGUAACAUCAGAGCUCACAGGUCACCAUGACAAAUAUGAUAAUAAGGAAAAAGUUUGAAAUAUUGCAAGGAUUACCAAAAUGUGACACAGACACAAAGUGAGCGAAUGCUGUUGGAAAAAUGGUGCUGACAGACUUGCCUGACGCAGGGUUGCCACAAACCUUCAAUUUGUAAAGAACGCAAUGUCUGCAAAGCGCAAUAUGAGGUAUGCCUGUACCUCUCAUUCUCUACAGCAGCCCUAUGGGGUUAUCCCCCUAUUUACAGCUGAGGACACUGAGGUUUAAAGAGAAACUCACCCAAGAAUGUCUACAGCAGUUGGCGACCAAGAAGCAGCAGCAGGUUGGCAACAUAAACCAGAUUGAGGACACGGCCGGGAGGCUCCAGGCUCAUGCAGAGUCAAGUAAAACCUGGCUGACUGAAAAAUUCAGUGAACUCAGAUUACUUCUUGAUGAAGAGGAAGUGCUGGCCAAGAAAUUCAUUGAUAAAAACACGCAGCUUGCCCUCCAGCGGUACAGGGAGCAAAUCAAGUCUUGUGGGGAGCAAAUCGACGUCAUGAACGAUCUCUCCAACAGGGUGUGGAGCAUCAGCCAGGAGCCCAACCCCGUACAGCUGCUGCAGGAGUACACGGCCGCGGAGCAGGAGAUGCAGCGGCACAUGAGCCUGGGGGAGCUGUGCCACCCGGUGCCCCUCUCCUUCGAGCCCGUCAAGAGCUUCUUUAAGGGCCUCAUGGAAGCCAUGCAGGGCGUGUUACAGACGCCACUGGACGUUCGCCUUAAGGAAAACAUGAACUGCCAGCUCUCGGGCUCCUCCAGCACCAAGCCAGGCUCCUUGUUGAAAACAAGCCCCUCACCAGAGCGAUCCCUCUUCUUAAAAUACGCGCGGACGCCCUCGCUGGACCCGGACACGAUGCACGCGCGCCUGCGCCUCUCGGCCGACCGCCUGACGGUGCGCUGCGCGCUGCUGGGCCGCCUGGGGCCGGCGCCCGCGGCGCGCUUCGACGCGCUGUGGCAGGUGCUGGGCCGCGACUGCUUCGCCGCGGGCCGCCACUACUGGGAGGUGGACGUGCAGGAGGCGGGCGCCGGCUGGUGGGCGGGCGCGGCCUACGCCUCGCUGCGGCGCCGCGGGGCCUCGGCCGCCGCCCGCCUGGGCUGCAACCGCCAGUCGUGGUGCCUGAAGCGCUACGACCUGGAGUACUGGGCCUUCCACGACGGCCAGCGCAGCCGCCUGCGGCCCCGCGGCGACCCCGAGCGGCUCGGCGUCUUCCUGGACUACGAGGCCGGCGUGCUCGCCUUCUACGACGUGACGGGCGGCAUGAGCCACCUACACACCUUCCGCGCCGCCUUCCAGGAGCCGCUCUACCCGGCCCUGCGGCUCUGGGAGGGCGCCAUCAGCAUCCCGCGGCUGCCCUAGGCCGAGCCCCGAGAGGCCGCCCUGGGUCCCGGCGGCUCCGGCCUCCCCCAACCCAGCCCGGGCUGGGCAGCCGCCUACUCUUAAGCACCCUCUCCCCACCAGCCAGGCCCUGUGCUUUGAAGAGUUCCUCUGCUGGGCUGGGUUCACAUGCGCCCUACACACAGGCCCUCUGCCGCUGCUCUCUCCCCAGGCCUCCCCCCCGCCACCAGGACACCCAUACUGCACUCCUUUCAGUCCAGGCGCCUGAAAGCACACCCCACAGGGAGCCGUGGCAGAAGGCACUAUCCUCAGCCUCCCACCUCCUCGUGCAGCACCCAGAACGCCUGCCACAUAGUAGGCACACAGUAAAUAUGUGAAUGAAUGGGAGUCACCCAGCCCUGACUCUUUAUCCCUUGACGGUCCGUUGGGUCUGCCUCCUCUUCACUCUACAGCUUGUCCAUGUCACCUCCUGGCCUGACCAUCCUCCUCGUCCACCCUAAGCCAGAGGGCUCUCACACCUCACUGCACUGCUUAGAGCUAUCAAGAGGUUCCCAAGGACUACAGGGGAGAAAACGAGCACUUUACCUUAGCAUUCAAGGCUUUUCUAGUCUGACCCAAACGACUUAUCCUCAUGGAGUUCCUGCAGCUAUUUUCAGUGGCUCUUCGCUCCAGAAGGGUGUCACACAGCCCCACCUCUACACUUUGCUGCUGUCCUCCCCGGGACCCCAUACACACACAGGCAAGUCCUUUCUUCCUCCCUCUGCCUGUCUCAGUCUUCCCCGGGCUUAGCUGCCCCGGGAGGUCCCCCCAAGCCACAAGAACCUCUCUUACUGUCAGGGCCACGAAUCUGCGACCUGUCUUUGCAACUAGAUUGGAGGCUAAGAGCAGUUACGUCCUCAUACCCUGCCACCCUCCCAGGCAGUGAGUGAAGGGCCAGCUGGCUAUCGUUGAAGGGCAGGAUAGCUCAGCUGGGAGGGCCUCACAGAUCGCCCAGCCUGACCUCACUACAUUUGGGGAGAUUAAGGUCCUGAAAGAAAGUUGCUUCAAGUCCCCCGUGGUGAUUAAGAGCUGGGCCACCCCAACCCCCAGGCAAGUGUCUGACUUGCCCCCUGGCCCAGACCUUCAGGCCCAGCUCUCAACCUGGGAGAUUUUACUGCUCAUUCAUUUCUCAGGGGAUGUUAAGAAAGCAGCAGGUGACCGUUGCUAAACAACCGCAGGCAGUUUUCUCAACUGUCAUGGAAUCCAAAGGAGAGGAGCUACAGUGGAGGUUGGGCGGCCGGCCCCGACAACCCCUUGCUCCUCAGAUCCCGAUGUUGCCAAGGAAACCCAGAGAGCCCCGCUUUCCAGAAGGAAGUGACGGCAUCAAGAAGGCCAGCUCCUCCAGCAGGGAGGGAACAGCCUCUUUCCAGGGUCUGUGCCUCAGUCCUGAAGGCUCAGCGUCCUGAUUUGUCAAGUUCCCCGGGGGGUUUUAAAGUUAUAUUGUGUUAAGUAUCUUCUUAGGCGCUUGGCAGGAGGCCAGCAGUCAGGCGCGGAAAUGCACACUGAAUCUCCCUCCUGGUUUAACAGACUCUUGGUGCAUUAAUUGGUUUGAACCAUAUAAAAGUGCCAAUUUCCAAGUUUUUGACCUAAAAAUGGUACUUUCAUAUGGGGCAAUGUAAUACAAGUAGAAGGAACCUCAAAAGUGCCUUUAGUUCUAACCAAAUCAUUUAAAGCUGUAGCUCAGACAGCUGUCUAAGCACUCUGCUCCAGGAAUCCUGAGGAAAGGGAACUUGAUUCUCCCGGGGCGCCCGGAGCUGGAUUCUGACAGGAGAGGGCAUCCUGACAGAAGCCGAUGGGUACACGUGACCCACAUCCCUGCCAACCAAGGCUGCCCCAGGCCCCCGCCACGGGGCCGGGCACUGGCAGCACGUGCGAGUUUGUCAGCGCUGUUCUAAUGCUUUGCUAUUCACUCACUCGAUCCUCGCAUCAUCCCUAGGAGGUAGAAAGUUACCCCAGUUCUACAUAUGGCAAAACUGAGGCCCUGAGGAGUAACUUUACCAAGGUCACACAGCUCACGGUGGCGCUGGACUCUGUGCUCAGGUCUGCAGGCCGUACGCCGUCUCUGGCGCCACCUGUCCUCUGGCCCCUCCCUUGUCGGGCCUUUGACACUUCGAUUCGCCUGGUUACUCCGAGGGACUAGAGUCCACCUUUGGGUUACCUUCCUUGGGCUCUGAGAGGAGGUCUUACACCCAAAGGGGGAUUUGAGAGUUUGCAUUCAUGUAGCAGAAACAGAGCUGGGAUGAGACUGUAAAGGAUGACAACUGGCUUUUAUCACCCCCCGCUCUGGGCCAAGGCCUGUGCUAGUCAGGAAACUGCAGUUUUGGUCCACAAUCAAUUGUGACCUCUGCCCAGUCAUUUUUACUUCUUAGAGCAUCAUGUGUAAAGUGGGGGUAAUGACUCCACCUACCAGUGCUGUGCGGCUCAAAUGAGCCAUAGAGUAUGAACCUGCCUUCCAAACCGCCCCGUGCUGCACACACCAGGCCUCUGAGCACCCCGGUGGAGCUCCGCUGUGCCUGACACGGUGCCGAGACAGCUGAUGCUCCCCGUGGAAGGGUACUGAUCACCUGUUCUCUUUCAGAUUUGAAUCUGUACAAAUUUCUUUAUUGAUACAGCAAAUGGCUUGCAGAUAUUUUCAAAUGACGGCAAUUUUCUAAUAUGUGGUUUGUUUUAAUAAAAUAUGAAUACUGUC